AUGACCACCGUGCAUCCCGAGUCCCUCGAGGACUUCGAGUUUAUCCAAACUCCUCCCGCCUCCUGUACCACUCCCGCAGAUGCCUGUGGUGUGCGAACAACCUCGUACCCUGCCAUCAAAAAUGCCCCCGUUCCUGCAGAUGCUGCCGGUAGCGACAGCUUCUCCAACAUCCUCCUCUUUUCCCUGCUGCUCCUGGUCCCAUGGUACCUCGCUCGCCAGGUUGGUGGCGGCUUCUACACUACCAUCUUCUUCGCUAUCUUCACUACAAUCCCCAUUUUGAUGGCCUUCUGGUCUGUGGCUUCUAGCAUCUCCCCCCGCAAGAACGAAAAGGCCAAGUAUGCUGGCCGUCCCGUUGAGUACUACCUCAACUUCCACAGCGAACAUGAUCGCGCUACCUACCGCGGAAAGAGCAAGAUCCCCAUGGAAGUCUUCUACGAGAAGUACUUCAAUGGCGAAGUUGACUUUAAGAUGGAUGCUCUGGAGGCUCUCGAGUUCCGCCACGAUUGGGCCAACUUCCGCUUCACAAUGGGCCUCUACAAGCAUUUCCUGCUUGGUUUCCUCCCCGAACUACUUGUCCACUCUCGUUCUCAGGAUGAGGAACAGGUCCGUGACCACUACGACCGCGGUGAUGAUUUCUACGCUUGGUUCUUGGGCCCCCGUAUGAUCUACACUUCUGGUAUUAUUAGCGACGUGAAUAAGGAGGAGACCCUUGAGGAGCUCCAGGAUAACAAGCUGGCUGUGGUUUGUGAGAAGAUUGGUGUUAAGCCUGGUGACACCAUCCUCGAUCUCGGCUGUGGUUGGGGUACUCUGGCUAAGUACGCCUCGGUUCACUAUGACGCUCAUGUUACCGGUAUUACUCUUGGCCGCAAUCAAACUGCUUGGGGUAACAAGGGUCUGCGCAACGCCGGUAUUGAGGAGUCCCAGAGUCGCAUUGUGUGCACGGAUUACCGCGAUGCUCCCCGUAUCGAGGGUGGCUACAAGAAGAUUACUUGUCUUGAAAUGGCUGAGCACGUCGGUGUUCGCCACUUUUCUUCUUUCCUGUCUCAGGUUUACGAUAUGUUGGACGAUGACGGUGUCUUCUUCCUGCAGAUCGCUGGUCUUCGCAAGUCCUGGCAGUACGAGGAUCUCAUUUGGGGUCUGUUCAUGAACAAAUACAUCUUCCCUGGAGCUGACGCUAGUACCCCCCUUGGAUUCGUCGUUGACAGACUUGAGGGUGCUGGAUUUGAAAUUAAGGGAGUUGACACCAUUGGCGUCCACUACUCUGCCACUCUGUGGCGCUGGUACCGCAACUGGAUGGCCAACCAUGAGAAGGUCGAGGCUAAGUACGGAAAGAGAUGGUUCAGAAUCUGGGAAUACUUCCUUGCUUACUCCACCAUCACUUCUCGCCAGGGUGGUGCUACCUGCUGGCAGAUUACGCUGGUUAAGAACAUCAACUCCACCCACCGUGUUGAGGGCAUCAACUCCCAGUUCGGCCUUGAAGGUGCCCGUGAGGCUGCUGCCGCUAACGUUGGUCAUGGCGUUGUUCCUAGCGCCCACGUCCCUACCAAGGCAUAA